AUGGUCUUUGUUUUGGAAGGUGAAUUGAAAGUUGGCUUCAUUACUACUGCCAAUGUACUCGUCUCAAAGCAAAUUACAAAGGGCGAAGUUUUUGUUUUUCCUAGAGGACUUGUCCAUUUUCAGAAGAAUAAUGGCAAAGUUCCAGCAGCUGUUAUUUCUGCUUUCAAUAGCCAGUUUCCUGGGACUCAGUCAAUAGCAGCCACUUUGUUUGCUGCUUCACCAACUGUGCCAGAUGAUAUCUUGGCUCAGACAUUCCAAAUUAAUACUGAGGAUGUUCAGCAGAUCAAGUCAAAGUUUGCACCUGCCAAGAAAUUUUAG